UCCAAAGCGCGCGAAAUACAAACCCAUUCUCCUGCCUCCAUCUCUCUGCGGUCUGCACACAAUUGCGCAGUCACCCACUUACUCAUCUAAUCUUCGCCUUCAAUGGCCAACAUAGUAGUCCACCUCCAAUUCCUGUAAUCCUUACAAUCUCUACGAUCAAUCCACAAAUCAAUGCCCCAAAACACGCCCACCACCUGUUCGACGAAAUGUCAACUACUCCUCUCAGGUUCUUACUCACCAAUGGCGUCGUGUCCGACCCUUCCAACACUCCUCCGGUCACCACAUUCCUCGAGACCCACCCAGGGGCUUACACGACGUCACGCACUCACAGCAACGCCUCAUUGGUCUUGUUCUGGGAGAGGCACUUGAAACGGCUCGCGGAGUCUGUGAGGAUCUUGUACAAUGCCAAUCCUCAGCUUCUUUUCGGACCCAACAAGACUGUGGUUCCAUUGCCGUCUCUGGCGGUUGAUUCUGUUUUGCUUCGGUCGAGGAUUGGUGGUCUGGUGAAUGAGUCGAUGAACAAAGUGCUGCCGGUUGCUGUGGAGGGGAGGAGGGAGGAGGAGGAGCUGUCGAUUACUACUUUGGUGAGUGGCAAUUUGGGGGAAUUGGGUGAGAGUAGGGAGUUGGAGCUUGGAAGAAAUGGCGCGGCUCUUGAUGUGAGCAUUCACAUUGGAAUUUAUGUGCCUCCUGUGUUUGGUGUCAGAGGAAAAGGUGCACAGUUGGCUGUGGUAGGUCGUGGGAGAGAUGCUGCUGCUGCUAAGUACUCGGAUUGGGUAAGGAUUAGGAAGCCUUUGGAGAGGUUCAGGCCCCCCUCAGGGACUGAGCUCUUGUUGUCCAAUGAUGGCAAUCGGAUUCUUGAAGGUACCGUGUCAAACUUCUUUGUGGUCUGCCAAAAGGACAACAAUGAAUCUAAGGAGAAAACUAUCCACUGUUUUGAAGUACAGACAGCUUCUAUUAGUGAUGGUGUCCUACCCGGAGUUAUACGCCAAUUAGUCAUUGAAGUAUGCUUGAGCAAGGGAAUCCCUUUUCGAGAAGUUGCACCACUGUGGUCAGAGCGUGAAAUUUGGGAAGAGGCAUUCAUUACAAGUAGCUUGAGAAUUAUGCAGCAUGUGGAGAAUGUUCGUGCUCCAAGUUCUUGGGAGUCACUGCAUGGUAAUUCUUGGAAAGACAUAUCAUGGAAAGAGAAGCAGUUUGAGGAGGGUCCUGGGAUGAUUACUACAAUAAUCCAGAAGGAGAUCAUGAAAAAAGCAGUUUCAGAAGGAUACUCUUUGAGUUUGUUUGGAUAGGAAGUUGGAGGGAUCUUCUUUCUUGCUGAGCAUGUUGUGUUUCUUCACUUCCUAAAGGUCUGGGACUCGUUUCAUUUGGGAAUAAACUUGCCAUGAUCAGCAUUUCAAGCAGCUGUUCGUAGUUGUGCAUAUCAUAAUGUAAACCACCUUUUAAGCACACGUGAGUUCUUAACGUUUACAAUUUGGUAAAAGUUGCCGAGUUACCGGCUUAUUGUUAUAGAGUAAUGUACAGUUAGGUGAUCAAACUGAAAUGUAAACCAUCUGUCGAUAAAUUGAAAACCAAACCGUGCCGAGUUUGACACUUGCAUAAUCGAUCGAGUUUGUAUCGACUACUGAAAUAUUAAACUUGCAUACUCGAUUCAGUUGG